UAAAUACUUUAAUAUGUUGAGACAUCUGGGCAAGUCUAAUUCAUACAACAAAUAUCUAAAACUAAUUUUGGAUAAUCAAAUAAAAAGUAACAAACAGGAUAAAUGGAUUUUUGUAGUCUGUCGAGGUGUACACAAUCAAAAAUGGUUACAACAAAAUAAAAGUGCUCCUGAAGCAUCUUUAACCAAAUUUGAUAGAGAGAUUACAGAUAGUAGAUGCUCAAAAUUCACAACUCGAUCCCACACUUGUGGAGAACUAGGAGUCCAAAAUGUAGGACAAAAUGUCACCUUAUACGGAUGGUUAGAGUUUCAAAGAAUGAAUAAAUUUUUUACACUACGAGAUGCUUAUGGUAUAACACAAAUAAUCGUACCUGAAGCUGUACAGCAUAAGUUUUUAACUUUAGAUAAUAUUCCUUUUGAAAGUAUUUUGAGAAUUACUGGUGUAGUAGCUCGGAGACCUGAGGCAAUGGUGAAUCCUAAACAGAAAACCGGGGAAAUAGAAGUUGUUAUGGAGUCUUUAGAAGUCAUUAAUGAAGUUAAAGAAAAACUACCAUUUGACAUUCGUAGUUUUAACAAAGCCAAAGAACAUAUAAGAAUGAAGCACAGAUAUUUAGAUUUACGCUUCCCUGAAAUGCAGCAUAAUUUAAGGCUGCGUUCACAAAUGUUAAUGAACAUGAGAAAAUAUCUUAUUGACACACAAGCAUUUGUUGAAGUUGAGACUCCUACAUUAUUUAGAAGAACACCAGGAGGUGCUCAAGAAUUUAUAGUUCCAACAAGAAACCCAGGAGAAUUUUAUUCACUUGUUCAAAGUCCACAACAAUUCAAACAAAUGCUUAUGGCUGGUGGAGUUGAUAGAUACUUUCAAUUUGCAAGAUGCUACAGAGAUGAAGGAUCUAGACCGGAUCGCCAACCGGAGUUCACACAACUGGAUAUUGAGUUAUCAUAUCCAAAACAAGAUUCUAUUCUUACACUUGUUGAAGAAUUGCUUUAUAAUUCUUGGCCAAUGGAUAAAGAUGGGAUUGAAAUUCCUUUUCCAAGAAUGUCAUACACAGAAGCUAUGCAUAGGUUUGGAAGUGAUAAACCUGAUAUAAGAUUUGGAUUAGAACUAUCCAAUAUUACCAGUUUAGUAUCAAUAAAUAGCACAAAUGUACAUGAUUUUGCUUGCUAUAUGAUAAAAAUACCAACUCCUCAAGCCAGUCUUACAAAAUCAAUAAAAACUACUUUAAAUGAACUUGCUAAAAAGUAUCCAGAUGUAAAAUUUAUUCAAACUAUCAUAUCUCCAGAUUGGAGUACUUCAAAAUUAUCAAAUAUAUUCGGUGAAGAUGUUUUAAAAAGGAUUCAAUUUGAACAGAAUUUGGGUAUUGAUGAUGUUGUAUUUAUUGCCUAUGGGGAUAAAACAAGAACACAAACACUAUUAGGUAAAGUUCGAGUUUUGUACAAAGAACUUUUAGAAGCUAAUAAAAUCAGCAUACCUGCACGUACAAAAAGUAAAUUCAACUUUUUAUGGAUAACUGAUUUCCCUUUAUUCACACUGGAAACUGAUGAAGAAACUUCUACUUCAUUAUCUUCUACACAUCAUCCGUUCACUGCACCACAUCCUGAAGACUUCCAUAAAUUAGAAACAGAACCCUUAAAUGUUAGAAGUCAAGCGUAUGAUUUAGUACUGAAUGGUGCAGAAGUUGCAGGAGGUUCAAUUCGUAUUCAUGAUCCAAUUUUGCAAAAAAGGAUACUGGAAGACUUUUUAAAAAUUGAUCAUUCGCAUUUGGAGCAUUUGUUAAGUGCCUUGGCAAGUGGGUGUCCUCCUCACGGGGGCAUAGCCCUAGGUAUUGAUCGUUUGAUUUCAAUUAUUUGUGAAACAACAACCAUUCGUGAUGUAAUAGCUUUUCCCAAGACUGUCGAUGGUAGAGAUCCACUUUCUGGUGCUCCUGUAGAAUUAAAUAAAGAUGAGAAAGCCUUGUACCAUAUACAAAGUAUUAUGGAAGAGAAAUGA